GAACUUCUACGGAGUACCUGUCGUUUCAUCACUUCUCUAGUUCGUAGGACCGAGGACUCGGGGACGUGGCACAUCCACACCAUGCAGCACCGGGGACCCUUUCGUAUUAGUCACAUUCUACAUCGCUCUGUUGCGUCGAGAUCAGCAUUAUUAUUAUUAUCAAUCCCUGGGUUGCAGUGCCUGCGCGGCAUUCCAGUGAAGGUGGCAGAUCUAGAUCGGAGUGGGUCACGUGGCAGCCUCCGAAAGCGGCCGUCGUCCUUCGCUUCUUCGCCUCGUCUCUUCUUUCUUUCCAUCUCCAUCUCUCGAUCGCUUCCGCAAGCAGAAAUAACAGCUGACCGGCUUGAAUGUCGGUAUGCGGAGUAGCUUCAUCACAUCCAUUUACUGUGACUAGUAUGAUGAUUUACGGUGGGAGAAACUACUAUACUAUACUUCUUUAUGAUGGUGUGGAUCAAAGCAUCCGGUU